GGUCGCGCGAUGCAGACCUCUAUACUCCUGUUGCCGCUGGUGCCGCUGCUGGCCGCCGCCGGCCCGCUGCCGCCGCCGGCCGGCGUCCCCGACACCCUGCGGCUGGUGCACGUGCUGUACCGACACGGCGCGCGCAGUCCCGUCAUUGACUACCCAACCGACCCAAACCCGGACCCGUGGCCGAUCGGACUGGGCCAGCUCACCAACGAGGGCAAGCAGAACCAACUCGAGCUGGGCCGCUUCCUGCGCGGCCGCUACGACGGCUUUCUGCCGGAGCUGUACCACAUGAACUACACCCGCGUGGAGGCCACGGACGUGGACCGGUGUCUGAUGUCGGCGCAGGCCAACCUGGCCGGCCUCUUCCCGCCGCAGGGGGAGGACGUCUGGGACGCCGAGAUCGCCUGGCAGCCGAUCCCCGUGCACACCGUGCCGGUCGAGGACGACCUCAAGCUGAAGACCUACAAGGUCUCGUGCCCGGUGUACCUGCAGGAGCGGGACCGGGUGUUCGCCUCUGACGAGAUGGCGGCGAUCGACGCCGACAACAGCGCGCUGUACGCCUACCUGAGCGAGUACAGCGGGUUGGACGUCAGCAGCGUGGACUCCGCCGGAGACCUGUACGACACGCUGUGGAUCGACGACGGCCACAACCGGACGGUGCCCGAGUGGGCGCGCGCCGUGCCGCCGGGCUGCGCGGCGCCGGCCUUCCCGGACCUGCUGCGGCCGCUGCGGGACCUGCAGUUCGCCCUGUACGGCGUCACGCCGCUCCUGCGCCGGCUCGGCGGCGGGCCCCUGCUCAAGGACAUGCUGGAGCACAUGCAGGAUAGCGUGGACGGCCGCCUCGAGCCGCCCAGCAGGAAGCUGUUUGCCUACUCGGGCCACGACAACAACGUGGCCUGUCUGCUCACCACACUCGGGCUCUACAACGGCCUGGCGCCGCCGCUGGCCUGCGCCGUGCUGGUGGAGCUGCACGAGGAGCCCGAGGUCGGUCCCACCGUGCAGCUGUUCUACCGGAACGACACCACCGCCGAGCCGUACCCGCUGCAGCUGCCCGGCUGCCAGCUCAGCUGCCCGUGGGACAGCUUCGUCCAGCUCACCGCAGACGUGGUGCCCGGCGACGUGCGCGCCGAGUGUGGCCUGUAGGACGGGCCGAGUGUGGUCUAAAGGACGGGCCGAGUGUGGUCUAAAGGACGGGCCGAGUGUGGCCUGUGGGACAGGUCGAGUGUGGUCUUAAGGACGGGCCGAGUGUGGCCUGUAGGACGGGCCGAGU